AAGAACAUCAACAUCCGGUUAAAGAAAUGAAGUGAACAAAUUAUUCGAUUGUUUACGAUGGAUGCGGUGAAAGCUGAAAUAGAAAGGAAGAAACGCCAACUUGAUGAUACCAAUUUGAUAAAAGUAAAAUAAGAUUAUAUUUUGAGGGCCCACGAUCACAGUGUCAACAAUCCAACAAUGUCACAAUCACUAUGACUAUGCCUAUUGAAUCCUGGCUCGUAUACUUUUGUCGUUCGGAAUACACUGCUAUCCGUCAGAUCAGUUCCAUCCGCCAAUACCUCACAGUUAGCGCUACAAAAACUCUAGUCUGUGCUCUUGUUCUCUCUCGUCUAGACUAUUGCAACUCUCUUCUGUCAGGUUCCUGCAUAGAAAAACUGCAGAAAGUCCAAAACUCAGCUGCUAGGCUAGUUUUAAAGGCACAAAAAAAAAUGAUCAUGUCACUGCACUACUCCACUCCCUUCAUUGGCUCCCUAUACUACAAGUUGUCUGUUCUCUGUCACAACUUUUUCUGGGAUUCCUGCCAUUCUUCUUUCUGUCUAUUGACCCCUUCGACAGCUUCGCUCCUCCGCAGACACGCAUAUUCUGUCCAUUCCCAAGACAAACAUCAAAACAUAUGGUGAAUGAUCUUUCUCUUUCUGCGCCCCCAAUCAAUGGAAUUCUUUGCCACUACACAUCGCAAUAUACCAACCACCCAGGCAUUCAAAACUGCACUCAAAACACUUCUCUUUCAACUAUACUACCGUGACUGAUUCCCCUCCUCUGACCGAUAAAUGAUCUAGUUGGCUGCAGUCUAUGGUUUGCCUUGUAAAAGUCCUGGGGUUCAUGCUGUUCUUUCCCCUUUAUUUCAUAAUUGUAUUUUAUUUUAAUGUCAUGAUUAUGUCUCUUUUGAUAAUAUUUUUAUGUACAGCGCGGUGAGCCCAGCCCUAGGCUGGGGUACCGCGCUAUAAAAGACCACUAAUUAUUAUUAUUAUUAUACUAUUUAAAAUUUAUUUAAAAUUAUUUAUUAAUUUAUUUAGCAUCUAAAAUUCAAAAUCAAAAUUAUUAAAUGUCAAUGAGAAAAUGACUUGGAGUAGUCAGGGUCCAGGGUAAUAGGCACUUCGGUAAGAGACUACUUCAAAAUUUAAAUGGGAAUCGGUGCAGAAGAAUCUGAAUCAGAGUUUUUAAUUGGACGUCUGUGAUUUUUCAUUGAUGAAAGGGCUAUUUUGUCAUAAAAUUGUGGUAUUCUUUUGUCAUAAAAUUGUGGUUUUCAUCCAUACGUUAACAUUAGUGGACAUCUUGAUCUACGUUUCCAUCAUAAAUUUUUACCUUUAAAAUCAAAAUCAAUAUUAGAAAUUCAUGAGUAUAUUAAUAAGGCAUCUUUACAUCCUAAAUUUCAUAUGACAUAUGAAGUUCAAAUUUUAUGUCUUUCUUCAUAUUCAUUUUUCAUCUGUAAUAUAUACUGAUGUAAAUGUGUGUGGAUUCUCAUUGAGCUAAGACAUGUCGGCCAUGGCCAUUAGUUAUGCUCAUCCAAGUGACUGCAUUACCAUCAGAUCACCUGCCCCAUUAAGACCAUGCCACCUUUUUAAUGGCGGAAGAUGCCAAUACUUAUGAAAUAUUCAAUUACUACCACUAUUUACAUCAAAAUAUUUGAUAAUUUGUAUCUGAGAGUGAACUUAGAAAGAUUUAAACAAGAAUAUUUUAAUUUGAGAUUUUAAAACCUGUUAGAGUCCAAUAUUAUAAAUUAUCAUAAAUGCUGUGUGCAUAACGUUGUUAUGGGCAACCAUUCACAGCCAUUUGCAUAAUGGCUAUAUACUAUAGUACUAUCUCAGAGUUUCAUUCAUAAGAGUUUGCCAUGUGCAAAAACUAUUAAACCAUUUGUCAGGGAAAGCUCUAAUUAAUUAGUCAAGUGCCAAAGUUGAAAGUUCAAAAUAAGUAGUCCCUUAACAGUAUUUUGUAAUAAGGGGAUUCAUUGCCUUAUAUAGACAAUUUAAUACAUACCAUCAUAAUGGACGCCAUAGACUUGGUAAACAGAAAAGCCAUAUAUUAAAAUAGUAAAUUAAAUUUACUGAUAUCCAUAGUGCAUAGUUAGAUAAGUUAGAAUUUAUUUAUAAUUGCAUAACAUUAUUAAAAUUACUUGUUUUAAAUACAGCAUUAAUUCUGAAAAUAAAAGUUAUAUAAAAUUAUCAUUAAAAGAAGAGUUAUUGUUCAUGAAGUGAUCAGCGAAAUGGGGUCACAUAGUGUAGAGGUUUUCUCCAUUUAUGACAAAAUGAAAUUUAUAGAAAAUAUUUAGUAAAAAUUUUAUUUUUUUUCUAAGAAAUAUAAUGAUAUGAAAUAAUAUUUAUUCUAAAAACUACCAAAAACAUGUCACAAAAUGGGGACAAAAAAUACAUUAAGGGAAGAUACCAAACUACCCCAAAUUUUAAAAAUUCAUAACUUUAAAACUAAAAAACAGCUAGAAAUUUGAUUUGGUGUUAUAAUUUUGUAGCAAAUGAGCACUAUUCAACUAUGCCAUUGGUUUUAUUUUUACAAACAUUUUUUAAAUUUUAAUCAAAGUACCUAUUAAAUAGUAAUUGAAUGUGUAGUUAGCACAUGGGUUUAUUAGAGAGUUGUCUUACCCUCAGUGCUGUGACAUCAGUUUGGGGAAACCCAACACUGGACUUCUGGUGACAGGACCAAAAGUUGACCUGAUCGAUCUGUGUGUAUGAUAACUUACUGAUAACUUCCCAAUUCUACAAUGAGCAUUCUUUGUGUCAUAAACUAAAUCUAACCGAUAUAGUUAAUAUAAUUUUUUUUUAUAACAUAGAUAUUAAAAUGAAAAUUUCCAUUCGCUUUUAUUAAAAUUCAACAUACUUACUAGGUUUAAAGGAAAUUUUUUAAUGAAACUCAUCUUUGUUGAUAACCCAAGAUUAUGAACACUGGAAAAAAAGAUACGCAUAUUGUUAAAAAUGAUUAUUUUGUUUGGUUGAAAAACGAAAUACCAAUUUAGCUAUUCAAUUUAAUCAUGUUGCAAUUUCACAGGCUAUUUCAACAUAAUUUUCUGGGGUGGGGAGGGGUGUGUUGUGUCAUCGUUGUGCCCUCCCCCCCCCCCCCCCUCCUAUCUUCUUUUUUGGGGGGGGGGGGGGGGUUUUUUUUUACCUUUUUCCCCCCCCCCCCCCCCCCAUAUUAUAGCUUUUAAAAAUAAUCCAAUUUUUUGAUUACAUAUAGGGUUCACUUUUUAUUAUUCAAACAGCCUACUCGGUUAUCGGAACUGUCACUUUUAUCAAAAUAACACUUGACAAAAAUUGUUUUAAAGCAAAAUCUGUGGCCCACUAGUCUAUGUCUAUUGUCUAAACUUUGCAGAUUAAUUUAUUAAAUUGCCCUAGUCUUAUUCCUACUUAGCCUUGGCCUACCUUACAACUUAAUUCCAGAAGAGAGAGUCUUGAAAUUGCAUCACCUGAUUGCAUUCUUUAGGAUAAAUUAGAACAUAAACAACCUUUUCCCAAUCAAAGGAGUGGAGGGCGUGGUAGAAAAGGAGUGGCAGUACAAUGUCAUCAAGUUAAUUGGUGAUGUCAGUAUCAAAACUAAAAAGGGGGGGGGGGGAGGGAAGGUUAAAGGCCAAAACUGGUGUGAUGAAGAUAAUUGGGUCAAGAUACAUGCUAUAACAACGCCCUUGUGCAGACAAAAUGACAGUUCAUUCGGGUUAUGGAUACAAUAAAGUUUCUACUUUCAUCCAGAAUUAUAAUUUGGCUCUGGUCAAUUUGAGGAAGGGAGCCUUGAGCGCUAGCUAUCCAUUACUCAUUACCAUCAUCUGCCAAAUUUUGUAUCAUUAAUAUUAGCUUAAUUUUAGGCUUAGACUUUUAAUAAAUUUUAUGAGUGUUUAAGUUAAGUUAUCCUGUGAUGAGUCUGAUCAUAAUAAAAGUAAUGUUAGGAGGCUUAAGAACUAAAGUUAAUUGCAAAACUAUUUAAUUUUAUUUUGGAUGUAUUUAAUUAUUUUAAUAUAGUUGGAUAUGGUUGUUGAUAAUGUUUAUUAGGCGCUAUGUAUGAGCUUACAAAUGCAAUGGUCAGCAAUAUUAUCAAUCAAGAUGAGUUAUCACAUGAAAGAAUGGGCAUAGAUUAACAAGGUGGUAAAAUCUGGUUUGAAUUACUUGAUGGAUUUAGCUGGAUAAAGACUUUAAUUUUAAAGCAAAUGUUCAUUUGAAAAUGCUUUUUUUCUUUCUAUGACUCUUUCCUAAAAAUUCUUAUUGAAGAUUCCAUUUUGUUUUUAAGUUGACCACUGCCAUUGUCAACCAUUGGAUAAAUGAAUUAAAAAUGUAACAGUUUAAAAAUUUUAAAAAAUAUGUUUAGGAUCCCAAGAAAAAGUAUUUUAAAAGAGGAGACCUUGCUGCUAAACAGGCUGAAGAUUAUUGGAAAAAACACAGUAACGUUGUUAAAUCUGACUACACAUCACAGGUAAAUAACGUUUUUAAAUCAGACUACACAUCACAGAUAAGUAAUGUUGUUAAAUUCUGACUACACAUCACAGUUAAAUAAUGUUAAAUGCAACUUGCACAUUACAGUUAAGUAAUGUUCAAACUGACUACACAUCACAGGUAAAUGUUUGCAAUCAUAUUUUUAACACAUUUGAUUUAUAUUCUAGUCAUUGGAUUGACAUAAAGAAUGUUUGCAUUUAGGCUGAAUUGUGAAUCACAGAACUGUCUAGAUUCAGCUAAAUAAUAAAUUACAAGAGAAUACAAAGAGUAACAGGGAGCAUGCUGACAUAACAAAGCCUCCCUAGAAAAUUGGCAGAGAUUUAGUGGCGGAGAGAAUAUAAUCACUACUAUGUAUUACUUUAACUAGCAUUAACUAUAAAAGACCCAUGUCAUGGUUCUGUUUGUUUUUGAUUAAACUUAAAUGUCUCUAGACUUUAAUUAGGAUUAAUUUUUUUUUUUUCCAGACCUCUGAAGGCCAAAGUACAAUCAUAACAAGUGGUGAUGGAAAAAUUUCAGACAAGCAUGCUCAGUUACCCCGGAAAGAGGUAAGAUAGUUGAAAGUGAAUUUACAUUUAUUACAGUAGCUUACCUGCAAAACUGUCUUAAAAUGAAAUUAAAGCAAUUCUAAACUAGCACAAAUAAACUUAAAAACCUCUGAUCACAUAUUUCUAGAUGCUUGUGCUGUCAUUUGUUUAUAUCAUACCUGAUUUAUAUAAAUAAGUUAGUAAAAGAAAGAAAUAUUUCAAGCUCAAUUUCAACUAUUGGACACACUUUAUAACAUAAACUGAGAUUUUAUUAAAGAUAAAUUUACUUAAGGUAAGAUACUUGAAUUAGGAUUUCUUUUUGAUUUAAUGAACAAUAAUUUUUGGGUUUCUUAUCCAUUUUUGAUUAAUCUCUAAAAUUAUUUAUUUAGGUUAUUAGAAAACUGAGAGAGCGAGGUGAGCCAAUCCGUUUGUUUGGUGAAGAUGAUUUUGAUGCAUACAAACGACUGAAGAAACUUGAAACCUCUGAGCCAGAUGUAAAGGUAAAAGCUGAAUUUCCUGGUCUUCUUUAUAGUGUACAAUUAGGUAUGUUUAUUCUGCUGCUAUUCCCUUAAGUAAAAAUGAUGACAAAGAAAUCAAAUGUUUUUAGAGUAAGGUAUCGUUUAAGUAGUAUUAUAUCAUUGAUGAUGACAAAGAAAUAGUAUGUGUUUAGAGUAAGAAAUCAUAAAGUAAUAAAAUAUAAUUUAAAAUACAUUUCCAUCUGAUUGCUUUACGUCUGUUCCAGGGAGAAGGUUAUUCAAAUGAUUUCCAGGCUGCUAUGGAGAAAGUGGAUCAAGACUACUUGAAUGAAAUCAUUAAAUCCACCGGGGAGGAAGAGAUGACCAAGUCUAAUGAUGUUUCUGUCAAAGAUGACGGCACAACACAGGAAGAUAUUUCAGUAAGGCUCAGAAUGAUGAAAACAAGAGAUAACAUGGAACCACUUAUACGUAUAUAAACUUGUCCCAUGAAAAAGACUGAUUGCAUGCUAUCCAUAUAAUUACUGUAGUGCUCUCAUUUCUUUGAGACUAAAUUUGAAUUUUAAAGCUUCGUUGAAGUUUUUACACAAAAAAAUUUUAUCUGCAUAAUUAACAUUAGUCUUGUGCCAAUUUAUUAUAAGAUUUAAUAGUACUGGUAGUUAAUAAUUUUCAAUGUCUGUUAAUUACUGUUUCUCAAAUUCUACUGCAUUAAUGUGAAAACGAGUCAGACAGAAGGAACUUUAUUUUGUAUAUGUAAAAAAGAAAUGGAAAAGGGACCACGAUUUAAGUCCUUAGUUCUAAAAAUUCUAGGUAAAAAAUUUCCUGGAUUGUCAUCAGGCUCACUAUAUAUAAUUUCUACCAUUUAAUCAAACUUAAGCAUCCCACAAAUUGACCUCAUCAUUUAUCAUUACAGCGAAUGAGAGAAGAACUUGGUAAGGGAGACAAGGACAAGGACCAUGAAAUAGUUUUGAGAUUUUUCAAGGUAAACUUUUCAAUAAGAUUUGCAAAAUUUUAAUCAUUAGAUAUUAUCAUUGGGCUAUUCUCAAUUUCGAAAGGAAAAUCAUGUAAAAAAUAUUUUUCAAAUAAGAAGUACACUAAUGUGUCGAUUGUAGAUAUGGCUCCUUAUUUUUUCAGUGAUUGCAGAAUAUCUUCUGAUCUUGUUGUUUUAUCUCCCUUUUUUUCAACAGAUAUAAAAAAUGCCAUGUCAAAUAAAUCAAGGAUCCUUUCAUUUAUAGCCUGUGAUUCUGAUCAUACUAUGGCCAUUACACACAGAAUUAUUUUCUUAGCAAAACAGUCAAAGUUAAUUCCAUGCAGAAAAACUGAAAUGUAGACACAGCAAUGUAUGCUCAUAAUUUAUUAUGACAUUUCCUAUUUUUAUAUAUUAUUUGGGUUGUUUGUCCCUGUCAUAUAAAAUGUAUGUAAAUAGGACAGAAAAGGAUUCUAUUUGUUGGAUUACACACUCCCAAGAAAUGCUAAUUUAGCAGUUUCCUUAAAGUGACACAUUAACUGAAGGGACUCCAUUGCUAUUGUUUUUAUGUUUCUAUCAAUAGUUUGUCUUGAAGAAGUGGGGUGAACAACUGAACACUCGUUCAGAGGAGGACAAGAGAACCAUCAAAGGGAAAGUAGCUAGCGCCACACAUUCCCAGACUGUCUCAUAUCUCAAGCCAUUGUUCAGGAAGUUGAAAUACAAGGUGUGUUGUCCCUGAGAAAUUAAAUUCUAACAACAUAGUUCAACAAAUGUUCAACUCUAUAAACAUAUUUGUACACAUGUUCAAUUCUCUCAACAUUGUUGUACAAAUGUCCAAUUUUUUCUAUAAAUGUCCAAUUCUUUUCUAUAAAUGUCCAAUUCUUUUCUAUACAUAUGGAAAUUUCUUGACUCUCCUCUCUAUUUCAAUGGACUGGUCUUUAUUCCCUUACUUAUAGAUAUUUCUAGGAAAUAUAACAGAAACCUGUUAAUUUUAUAAAUAUCUCAGUUUCACCAAAAUGUUAAAUAGGAAAGUCUGGUCCACAGCAUUCCCUUAUUUAUAUCACAUUUCAUUACACUACUAUUAUACGAACUAAAAUGACUGUUUUCUGUCUCAGGAUGUCGAUGAAGGUUUGUUGGAGAGCAUAGUUGAGAUUGUGCAGUAUAUGAUGGAUAAAAAUUACAUAAAGGUAUAUUGGCAUUUUAACACUUUUUAUUAAUAACCAAUACUUCAUAAUUGAAAAUAGAAGUUCUAUGGACUUAAUUCUGAGAAAUAUUUUCACCUCCAAUUUUUUACUAUACUAUUUAUAUGCCUGAAAACGUAUUUUUGAGACACAUCAAGGGAUACUGCAAUAAGAAUAAUUGUUUAAUGCCUUAUUUGUAAAAAAUAGCUUGUAUAUCUAAAUCCAGCAAUUUUAUUUUAGGCUAAUGAUUCCUACUUGGAAAUGGCUAUAGGUAAUGCACCAUGGCCUAUUGGUGUCACUAUGGUUGGUAUUCAUGCCCGUACAGGUCGUGAGAAAAUUUCUUCCCGCUAUGUUGCCCAUGUGUUGAAUGAUGAGACACAGAGAAAAUACAUUCAGGUGAGUCGUACUUCUAAUUUUACUCAUUCAUGUCAACCUUCCAUCUCUUGAAUACUCCUGCAUAGCAUCUGUUCUGAAUAAAACAUGGCACUCCCGUAUAAAGAACAUCAUGUCAUGACUAAAAUAAUGAUCCACAAUUCAAAUAGCAGUGUAUAUAGAAAGUCCAUAAUAUUAUGUAGAUGCCUUUUUAUCUCCCCUCCUUACUACAAUUAGUAGUAGAAAUUGCAUUUCACAUGAUGCAGCAUUUAUAUUUAACAGUCAAAUUAUUUUUUUACUGUUAGCCCUCACAAAGAUGCUAAUAAUAGCAAUUAUUUGAUGCUUAAAUUUAUCAGCAUAGCAUUCCCAAAGUCCAAAGUUGACAUGAACAUUUUGUUACCUUGAUUAGCAUAUUCUAUAUAGUGUCAGUCAAAAUCGACCAUGACCACCUUAAUCAUCGUAAAUGUGCUAAUAGUGACUUGGCUGUGGGUGCGCAGAUGGCUGAGACCAAUUCUGGCAUGAAAUGUUCUUGUGCAGUAAGUGCAGGGGAUUGAUGGGAUAUCUCCAUGUGCAGAGUUAACUCCGGCUUUUCUGGCAUUUCUUUUGUGCUCUGCAGCCGCUGUGCUGUUGGCUUCAUGUUAUAUGAUGCUUGAUCCUUUGCAAAUUCUUCUCAUGUAUCUGGGUCUAUAUCAUUCAAAUGCUUUCAGUGAGGCUCUUAGGCUGUCUUGUAUCAAAUGCUGACACUUUUUAAUAUGCAUGAUGAUUUAUCUUCAGAGCUUUUUUGUUACAGUUAUUUAUAACAUAUUACAAAAAUUGAUCAUUGCCUUAUGUACCACUGGAUUAACUUGGCAAAAAAAAAAAAAGCCUUGGACAAGGCAUUCCUUUGUUAGGUAAUUACAACUAAAGCAUGGAAAAAGUAUCCAAAUUUUGGAUUGCAUGAUUUUAUAUUGUGAUUGUGCAUCUAAAUGCUACUAUUACAUGUAAAAAGAGGUUCUCAUUGGCAGAAUUCAAACUGUGCAGUUCUAUUCAUAAUAUUUGUUCAAGAUAUUUUCAAAAUGCCUACUAAACUGAAUUUUGUAAAGAAAAUCUCAAAAUAUUUACCUCUGAAUCUUUAUAUAUUAUUAAAAAAUUAAUAAAUGCGAAAUAAAUUCUAUUUAAAAAGUGAAUUUGAUUUUACUGCCUACCUGUUAAUUACUUAAUUAUAAAAAAAUAAAAAUAUUAAAGUAAACUUAUGAUUUCAGGCUGUCAAACGACUGAUGACACAAUGCCAGAAUCUCUUUCCUACUGAUCCAUCUCGCAGCUACAAUUUCUUAAGGCCAGCAAACAAGACAUAAAUAUGACUUGAAUAAUAUCUGAAUCAAGUUGAAGAAAAAAUUAAAGUCAACAUUUGUAUUCUCCAUGUUUUCAUAGAGGGUGUAAAAUACCUUGAUGCACUCUUUGCUAUUGUUACAUAACAAAACGAUCACCAGUAUUUGCAUAGAAAUCUAGAAGGAUAUUUAUAAAUUUGAGAUGGAAAUCAUAUCUGAAAGAAAGAUCAAAAAGCGCAAGCAAAUUCAUAGAUUAGACAGACUAAUUAAGUUAAUGGAAUAUUUAUAGACACUGGAAUUAAGCUGUUGCAGACACUAAAACAGUGUGGAUAGUUAUUAAUGAAUUCAGCACAUUUUAAGGUAUAAUUUCACAUUAAAAAUCAGUUCACUUAAAAAAUCUUUUCAUUCCAACAAAGUAUUUUUUUUAAAUCAUGGAACAAAAAGCACUUUGAAAAUGUAAAGAUUUUUCCUCUCGUUAAAAAGAAAUGGAGUUUUUAUAAUCACAACUAUCUAAGCAUCAAGUAUGUCGCACUUGAAUGUAGAAUUUACCUUGGCAGUUGUGAAGAUGUACAUUACAAUUGCAUUUACUAUCAUGAACUAAAUAAUGGACAAAAGCGAAUUUAUACUGGAUCAUAAGCUGUAACAGUGUAAAAAAUCAACAGAACCAGAACUUUAUUUUAUUUUAGUAUAUUGUAUGUAUUGUGUUUUUUUUUGUAAGAUAAAGUCCUUGAAUUCAUUUUGUUAAUAAAUUGUGCCAACAAAAUUGUCUUUUUCAGAUUUAUUUAGUGUAUGAAAUGUGGGCUCGUGAAAUUUUCCAUCAAAAUCUGCACUCAAUGAAUUUUACCACAUCAAAAACCUUUGUCAGUUUUUUAAAAUAUUUUUACAUAUAUAUACUAAAUUUGCACUCAAAAUUCUUUGAAGAUAUUUAUUUUUUAUGGUUUCAUUAAAAAAAAAUGUAUAACUUGUACUUGUAGAAAAUAUCUGCCAAUGUCUAAAAAUUAGAAAACAGUAUUUAAACCUUGAAUUUAAGUCAUCUUGGUUAUGUUAGCUGGGGGAAAAGUUAUGAAAGUCGUUAAGUGUUAACAAUUUCCCCAAAGGCAUGCAUUUGGUAUAUUAUGACAAUAGUGAGGAAAUGUUAAAUUACAGUUUGCAUAAAAGUAUUUUAAACUAGAUUGAAAAUGUUCAACGGUUUAAGUACUUGUGUGUAAGUACCAUCAUCACCAUCCAAAACUGACCGAAGGAAGAACAUGAAGUUUUCACUCCAGCCUCACACUCCAAUCACUUCCCCUAACUCAUACCUUAUCCCUUCAGAUCAAAUAUUAAAGACCUGGCGCAAACACCACUAAUUUUAUUUAAUAGGCCUUCUAACCAAUGCGAAAAUUAAAACAAAUUAAUUAGAUAUGCAUGCACAAAUAUUUCAUGAAAAAAUGAAUUUGGAUUGUUUUUGUUUUUUUAGUACGGUACCGUAACUAAUUGACUAACAAAUUUUUUAAUUGAAUUUUAAGUUUUUGGUUUGUGCUUUGAAAGAAGCAGAGGGAUCAAUGAUAUCUGGAAAGUUGAGUUUCACUUCCUUGAUCAGGUCAAAAAAAAUCAAUUAGCCAAAGUGUCAUGACCCAAAAUUGACCUCAAUGAUCUUAUCCUCUUUAUAUGAUGACUGUUCUUUCUCCACUUCAGUUACGUACAAAUGUAAGUUAAUAU